CACUUCCUCCCCCGCUAACAAACUACAAUCCUUUGCAAAAUGCACAUGCACAUCAUUGUCAACCAUAGAAGUCCACCACCGGUACCUACCCCAUUCAUUCAUUCACCCCCUCCCCCUCUCUAAUCCCCCAUUAAUCCCCCAUCUCCAUCUCCAUCUCCAUCUCCAUUUCCACACCCCCAAAUCCCAAAUCCCUCUUCCCCAAAAGCUUCGAUCGCCAUGAGCCCCGCGGUGACCAAGGCCCCUCCAACCCUCGUCCCCCCCGCGUCGCCGACCCCGGCCUCCACGCUCCUCCUCCCACUCUCCUCCAUCGACCGCACCGCCGCCGUGCGCGUCUCCGUCGACUUCAUCCAGGUCUUCUCCAGCGGCGGCGCCGGCGCCCCCGCCGCGAUCAGAGAGGGCUUCGCCCGCGCCCUCGUCCCCUACUUCCCCGUCGCCGGGAGGAUCGUCGAGAGCGUCCCCGGCGUCCCCGAGGUCGAGUGCUCCGGCGAGGGGAUCUGGUUCGUGGAGGCCGAGGCCGAUUGCACCCUCGACGACGUGAACCAGCUCGAGCGCCCCCUCAUGAUCCCUAAAGAGGAGCUCCUCCCUCGCCCUCCCCCCGAGGUGAAGCUCGAGGACGCCAUCCUCAUGGCGCAGGUGACGGUAUUCAAGUGCGGCGGAAUUGCAGUCGGCAUCUGCUUCAGCCAUCUGGUGUUCGACGGCCAGGGAGCAGCCCAGUUCCUGAAAGCCGUCGGCGAGAUGGCGAGAGGCCUCCCGGAGCCGUCGGUCACGCCCAUCUGGUCCCGCGAUGCCAUUCCGGACCCCCCCAAGAUCCCCCGCAGCGGCCCGCCGCCGUCCUUCACUGCCUUCAAUUUCGUCACCUCCGUGAUUGAGAUCUCGUCGGAGAGCAUCAACCGCACCAAGAAUGACUUCGGGGCUGCCACGGGCAACAAGUGCUCGACCUUCGACGUCGUCACUGCUAUGCUCUACAAGUGCCGUGCCAAGGCCAUCAACCUACCCCCCAAUGCCGAGGUCCGCCUGGGCUUCGCGGCCAGCACUCGCCACCUGCUGCACGGCGUGCUGCCGUCGGUCGAAGGCUACUACGGCAACUGUGUGUACCCCGUGGGAAUCACGAGGACAAGCGAGGAGAUCGACAGCGCAUCGAUCGUUGAGAUCGUGGCCAUGAUCAGGGACGCGAAGGAGGCGCUCUCAACACGGUUUGUCGACUGGAUGAACGGAGGGGCCAAGGACAGCCACUACAAUGUGCCGCUGGACUAUGGCACGCUAACCGUGUCGGAUUGGAGCCGCGUCGGGUUCAACGAGGUUGACUAUGGGUGGGGGGAGCCGAGCUACGUUUUCACGCUGAACGACGACGUGAACAUCGUCGCGUCAGCAAUAUAUCUCAAGCCACCGGCGCCGAAGCAGGGGAUCAGAUUGAUGCUGCGUUGCGUGGAGGAAGAGCACUCUGCUGUGUUCUGCGAAGAACUGCUGAAGCUGUCGUAGGGGGAAAUUUGCUUUCUUUUUCAGAGGAUAUGUGCAACUAAAAAUCUGAAUUUAAUGAAAUAAGUUGCUUGUUCAUUUUGUUGGUGAUGUACUAUUACAGGUCAAAGUGUGUAACAUUAGAGACGCGUAAUUUAUUUGGAUUGAUAUAAAUUCGUGCUUGUUUUUCCAAGAAUAA